CUGUGACGCGAGUUGUAUCUCGGUGGAAGAGCCCCGGGCCCGUCCGGCCUGUGCCCGCCGCACGACUCGCCUCGCUGGGGUGUCGGCCGUGCGGGCUGGCCGCUGUCUGAGCCCUGAACAUCGGCCCCGUGGCGAACUGCGGGGGGAAAGCCGGUCCUUGCUUAGAGACGUGGCAACAAAACCAGCCGGGCGUCCGCCAAGUGGCAGGAGUCUCCGGCUCCCGUUUCACUUCCCACUCUCCGAUGUCACAAAUCUGUUGGUGGUUUGUCUGCCCAUAAACUUCAGCGGACCACGUCGACUUGAAAUGGGUUGACGAUGCUGGUCCACGCUAGGAAACUCCUGAGUUUCUAAUCAAGGUUAUGGUGUAAAACGGGGCUGUCCAACUUGUGGGCCGCUCGCUGCCCAGGUGCCCCCCAGGCUCCUCCCCCAGGGGCAUGGGCAGCCCAGGCCCCUCCCACCCUGCUCCCUGCCCCUCCCGCCAUGUGCCUAGCACAGGCCCUUUGGCUGCUUCCCCUGUGGCAGAAACAGUGCAGGCGUCCCAGAGCCCCUGCCCAUGCCCCCGCCUCGCCUUGCCCUGCCCGUUGGAGCAGCAGCAGGAAACGGAAGCUGGAGAAGGGACAGGGCACCCCGGCAGUAGGAGCACUAGGGGCAGCAGCAAGCCUGCGGGGUUAUGUUAACCCCCCCUGACCCCCGCGGGCUGCAUGAGUCCUGCAGCCCACCUGUUAGACAGCCUUGAUGUAAAACAUCCUUUCUAGUGACCCUUAUACAUCCCAGGGAAGAAAAAGGGUAUGAACUCACUGUGCGUGUUGUGGGUUCUUCAUGUAUUCUUUGCCAGUCCCAUUGAAAGCUCGGGAAGAGUUUCAUGCCAGGGAGUGCUUGAGGUAUUUAUGCAUUGUCCAUUGCUGCCUUUGAUGUGAAAAUGACCAAGUUAGGGUUUCUUCGCCUGUCCUAUGAGAAACAGGACACGCUGCUUAAACUCCUCAUCCUGUCUAUGGCAGCUGUGCUGUCUUUCUCCACUAGACUCUUCUCUGUUCUAAGAUUUGAAAGUGUCAUCCAUGAAUUUGAUCCGUAUUUUAACUACCGCACAACACGGUUUCUGGCAGAAGAAGGCUUCUACAAAUUCCAUAACUGGUUUGAUGACAGAGCCUGGUACCCUUUGGGCAGGAUCAUUGGUGGAACCAUAUACCCAGGUUUAAUGAUCACAUCAGCAGCAAUUUACCAUGUUCUACACUUCUUCCAUGUUACCAUUGACAUCCGAAAUGUCUGCGUUUUCCUGGCUCCCCUUUUCUCUUCCUUCACCACUAUAGUAACUUAUCACCUCACCAAAGAGCUCAAGGAUGCAGGGGCAGGACUUCUUGCUGCUGCCAUGAUUGCUGUGGUGCCUGGUUACAUCUCUCGUUCUGUUGCCGGCUCUUAUGAUAAUGAAGGUAUUGCCAUAUUCUGCAUGCUGUUAACCUAUUACAUGUGGAUCAAAGCAGUGAAGACUGGCUCCAUUUACUGGGCAGCCAUGUGUGCCCUUGCCUAUUUCUACAUGGUUUCCUCCUGGGGUGGUUAUGUAUUCCUGAUCAACCUGAUCCCUCUACAUGUCCUUGUGCUGAUGCUGACAGGACGCUUUUCCCACAGGAUCUAUGUCGCCUACUGUACGGUGUAUUGCCUAGGGACCAUCCUGUCUAUGCAAAUCUCCUUUGUUGGCUUCCAGCCUGUUCUGUCAUCUGAGCACAUGGCUGCUCUUGGGGUCUUUGGCUUGUGUCAGAUCCAUGCCUUUGUGGACUACCUGCGCAGCAAGUUGAACCCUCAGCAGUUUGAAAUUCUCUUCAGGAGUGUGAUCUCCCUGGUUGGAUUUGUUCUUCUUACAAUAGGAGCUGUGCUGAUGUUGACAGGGAAAAUAUCUCCUUGGACUGGUCGUUUCUACUCCCUGUUGGAUCCUUCCUAUGCCAAGAAUAACAUUCCCAUCAUUGCUUCAGUUUCUGAGCACCAGCCCACCACAUGGUCCUCCUAUUAUUUUGAUUUACAGCUACUUGUUUUCAUGUUUCCAGUUGGCCUCUACUACUGUUUCAGUAAUCUGUCAGAUGCCCGUAUUUUUAUCAUAAUGUAUGGUGUGACCAGCAUGUACUUUUCUGCUGUGAUGGUGCGUCUCAUGUUGGUGCUGGCCCCAGUUAUGUGCAUUCUGUCUGGCAUUGGAGUUUCUCAGGUGCUGUCCACUUACAUGAAGAACCUGGAUAUCAGCCGACCAGACAAAAAAACCAAAAAACAACAAGACUCUACUUACCCCAUUAAAAAUGAAGUUGCCAGUGGCAUGAUCCUCGUCAUGGCUUUCUUCUUGAUCACCUACACUUUCCAUUCAACCUGGGUGACCAGUGAGGCCUAUUCCUCCCCUUCUAUAGUGCUGUCCGCUCGCGGUGGGGAUGGUAGCAGGAUCAUCUUUGAUGACUUCAGAGAGGCUUAUUAUUGGUUGCGCCACAAUACACCAGAGGAUGCAAAGGUCAUGUCUUGGUGGGAUUAUGGGUAUCAGAUAACAGCUAUGGCCAACAGAACAAUUCUGGUAGACAACAACACUUGGAAUAAUACGCAUAUCUCCCGAGUUGGGCAGGCAAUGGCAUCCACUGAAGAGAAAGCCUAUGAGAUCAUGAGGGAGCUGGAUGUCAGUUAUGUGUUGGUAAUAUUUGGAGGCCUCACUGGAUAUUCCUCAGAUGAUAUCAACAAGUUCCUGUGGAUGGUGCGAAUUGGUGGGAGCACAGACACUGGGAAGCACAUAAAGGAACAUGAUUACUACACACCGACCGGAGAGUUCCGUGUCGAUAGGGAGGGUUCCCCUGUGCUGCUCAACUGCCUUAUGUAUAAGAUGUGCUACUACCGCUUUGGGCAGGUCUACACUGAAGCCAAACGCCCACCAGGUUAUGAUAGAGUGAGAAAUGCCGAGAUUGGAAACAAAGACUUUGAGCUUGAUGUCCUGGAAGAGGCCUAUACUACAGAGCACUGGCUAGUCCGAAUAUACAAAGUAAAGGACUUGGAUAAUCGUGGACUGUCAAGAACAUAGAUUUGCCUUCAGCUUUUAAGGAAAUCGCACUGAGUCUUUGCCUGUGAAGCAAAUUUUUUUUAUACAGUUUAUAAGUGCAAGAAGGAGUUGGAUUAACUGCCCAUGAAGUUCUGCCCUCAUGCAUACAGUCCAUAUUAGAUGGAAUGAUUUUUAUAAAUAUGAACCAGUUACCAAAUCAGAAAUAAUGGCUUUAUGGUGGGUGAUUAAAGGGGAGUUUAAAAAAAA